AAAAAGAAAAGGCUCCUUCUAUACCAUGUACAGAGUAGUAGCAGUGGUAGUAUUCAAGGGGUUGACCUCGAAGUUAAGAAUUGAACUCUGAGGAGAGUCUUCCAUCUAUGAAUAGAGGAGGAGUCCAUCAUCAUCAUCAUCAUCAUCGACGACGACAACAGCAGCAGCAGCAUGAGAGUUCCUUGGUGCAGCAAAUGAUGAUUGGGAGUUCACCAAGCCCUAGUUUCUGGAGCAUGAAUGAGCUGAUGAUGGUGCCACCUCAGGAGAUGCCCAAUCUGUCUUCCUCCAAGGAAUUCCCUAAGUUCUUGAAGGCACUUAGUCCCAAGAUCCCUUGCCAUGAUCAAAGAUCACAAGAGCUCCCUGAGUCAUGGAGCCAACUCUUGCUGGGAAAUUUGGUGGAGGAAGAGGGAGAGUGCACAUACGCUCCAAUAUUUGAAUCAUCCACUAAUCUUCAAAAUCUGGUUGGCCAUGUACUCAAGGAAGAUAUUAGUUACUGUGGCAAUUUUGAAGAGCAUCACCAAGAAGAUGAACAGGGAACAAGUAGAUCUCCCAGGUCUUGUGUCACUACAAGCUUCAGCAACAACAAUAUCUUAGACUUCUCAAAUAGUAGCAAAGCAGCACAGAGAAAGCAAAAUCACCAAGCAGACCAUCAUCACUUAUCACCUGAUCAGAAUUUCAAUGCUAAGUGGAAUGGCAACAGUGGUGGUCCAUCUUUCAAGAAGGCUAGGGUUCAAGCCUCCUCAAUAGUGUCACCUCUCAAGGUUAGAACGGAGAAGUUGGGAGAUAGGAUUGCAGCUCUACAUCAGCUAGUUUCUCCAUUUGGGAAGACUGACACUGCGUCUGUACUGCUGGAAGCCAUCGGCUACAUCAGAUUCCUCCACGGUCAAAUUCAGGCUCUGAGCUCCCCGUAUAUAGGGAAGGCAUCGAGGGACUCCACCAACAGCCAUGGAUCAUACCACCAAGUGGAUGAUGGUGAUCAGGAAGGCGGAAAGGACUUGAGGAGCCGAGGGCUGUGCCUGGCGCCGGCUUCCUUCACGUUGCAAGUAGAUCAGAAAGACAUCGCAGCCAGUUUCUGGGCUCAUAAUUAAUAACUUUGAAAUGGGAGGUUAUGAUGAGAAAUUAACUUGUUAAUUACAGUCAGUCUUCACGAGGCUUCUCGAUUUAGUAGCAGUAUUAAAAUCAUUGUAACUAAUGAUCAGUUAAUUAGGUUCGUGAUAUUGGUUGAAUAUAUUGUGUACAUAUAUGCAUGGAUACAUGAACUUACUUUGUUGGUAGUCGAUAAUGUUAUCUAUAAAUUUCCUUGAAUUAUAUUUUUCA